AUGAACAAUCCUCUAAUGUUGUCUCAUUUAUUAGAAGCAGAAGACGACAUGAAGCCCAUGACAAUGGAUGCAUCGGAUGAGUUCCUGGUCGCCCGCGGCAAGAACGAUGAAGACACGGAAGAGACCGACUCGGAAGAAGACAGCGACGAAGAAGCUAGCAGCAGCGAAGAGGGCGACAGCGACGAUGACAGCGACGACAGUGACGACGACGACGGCGAAGACACGAGCAGUUGGGGCAGUGAGAUGGAUGACCUCGAAGCCGCUCUGACUCUGGGGCAACGUCAAAAGGACAUGAAGCGAUCUUUAUCGAGUCCGGCCAUGGCGGCGGUCUUUAGCGGCGGUCCUCCGCUCACCAAGUCGGCCACCAUUGAAGGUCUCAAGGACCUCGCGGCGCGCAUGAAGAAGAGCGAGAGCAACGCCUACUUGCAAAAGGUCGUGGCCGAGAGCGCUCCCGUCACUCUCAAUGAUCCGUACGCCGACACCAAGCCCGAUGACUUUUUGCAGACUCUCCUCGAAGGCAUCAGCGCCAGCAGUUUCCCCAGUGAAACCUGGCACGACUACUUCCAGUCGAUGGAACCGGAACACGUCGAAGCCUACACUACCGAAAUGGUCAUGGCCAUUCGGAACGACGACUACGAGGUCCUCCGCGAACGACUCAAGGCCGGAUGCACUCUCCAGUGCUGCAACCAUCACGGAGAAUCCAUUCUCCAUUUGGUCUGUCGACGUGGCAGCACCGACAUGCUCCGUUUCCUCAUGGAAGAAGGCGAAGUCAGCGUCCGCAUCCGCGACGACAAGGGACGCACACCCCUCCACGAUGCCUGCUGGACGGAGAAUCCCCAAUUCAGUUUGGUCUAUGCCCUCUUGGAGUCGUCGCCCGAGCUCUUGUUUGUCCAAGAUCAUCGUGGACACACGCCGCUCAGUUACGCACCUCGCAAGGUCUGGGGACACUGGAAUGGAUUCCUCCAAAAGCAUCGCAUCUUUUUGCGAGCAUCCGUCCGCAGUUUGCGCUUUGAUCGAGCCAAGUACUUGGCUCGGACCAUUGUGCCUUGCUUGAAGUAA